AUGUCGCAGCCCUACGCAGCCCACUCCCAGGCCAACGCAGCCGCAGCCGCAUCCGCAUCCGCAUCCGCAGCCGCCUCUACCGCCGCCAGCAACACUGCCCUCUUGAAAAAGGAACGCCACUAUGCCGCGCUGGCGGGUCAGCUAGAGGCCCUCUCCAGCUCCAUGCUGGCCACGCGCGACACCAUCAUCAUUGCCUCGGAGCAGGCCCACUACAUCAGGCAGCUCGGCAUCAGCCAGGCAGCCACCUUCAUGGCCACGCUCGACUCGGUCACAAGGCAGGAAGACGAGCAGGACGAGCACAGGCGACAGCACGAUGCGCAGUCGGGCCAGUGA